GUAAACAGGGCUUGCCUACUAAAGACGUAAAGUCGUUUGAAUCCCCGAUUGGCCUGGAAUGGUGGUAAUUUUUAGCGAGGUCGAAAUGGAGGGGAUAAUAAUAGCGGAGUUGUGUCUAUUCUCCUUCGUCGUCGUUUCUGUUCUAUUCCCGACAACGGGUAUCAGAGUAUUUAGAUUAGAGUCGAUGGAGGUCGAGUGAAUGUGUGCAUACUGUACUGCAGUGCGUGCAGCUGUAAACAACCAAUAAUAAUAUUUUCGUCCCACUGUGACUUGAUUGAAUCAGCUGAAAAAUACCUAGCGAGCGACCACACCAUUUACCGGACAUAUAUGCAGGCUAGUUAUAGUUACCGGAUUACACUGCUACUCGUAUAACGCAGAGAGAAGAGAUCAAGCAUGGCGACCUUCGCGACCAGACAAGUGCACCAGAGCGGUGGCAGCGAUUUCGAGACAGUGGUGUCCAGGGUAAAGCCGCUGGUGAAACGACUGAUGAAGUCUGAUCGGCAAUUGGCGGUUCAGUGGUUACGGAGGUUGCGGGAAGAGCUGGCGGUCAGCGAGACACAACGACCGCUGUGCCAAUCUUACGUGGAGAGACUGUCACAGGAUGUCCAGGCUGGUUAUCUUACAGAACCGUUCAACUCACCACCGCCAAGUGGUCAUCUCACUGCACUCCAGCCACAGGGUGUACCGGACUCCGACGAUUCGCUGAACGACAGCCUUGGAGCUCUUGAAGACGGCUCCUACAUUCAUGGCACUGCAUCUUAUCCUGCAAGCACCUCAUCUCAACAAGCAACGGCUACCAAUGGACUGUUUAGGCCAAGCGGCUAUGGUGAUAUGAUGCAGAGGGAUAGUCGUGUCACUCAUGAUCUGCAUGCAGCGUCUACCCGGAUCCUACCGUCACCAUCAUCUCUGAAAGACCCGCUGGGUGCCAGCCAUCGGUUGCCUUCAGCUACCUCCGCCGCCGUCACAGCUCCGCACUUGCCGAGCUCUGGGUUAUUUGCCCUGCCAUCAUCAUCAUCGCAUGGGGGCAUGCCGUCACCGAGUCACAUGUCAACACACAGUCAGUCUAGCCUGGAGGCUUUUCACCGCACUUUACGUACUCAACAACCAGUGUCAACUAGGAACCAGUCAACGGCGGUGAGUGGCCAGGUGUCAUCGAUGCCAACUACCAACGUGUACUCAUUGAAUAUCUCAUCUGCUGGCGGCCGGUUUCGGGAAGGCCUCGCAUCUCAUCUCACUCAAUACCAGCCUGGUGCGGAGCUGCCUGGCAAGUCUUCAUCACUCACAUCAUUGUCGUCAGUCUGCACAGCUGAUAGCCGGCGGAAAGCGACACUACCGGCAAGAUCCAGCAUCGUGUCUGACUCACUCGGCUCUGAUCAUUUCUCAUUAUCAUCCCCCAGCACUGCAGCCAGGAGAGGCCGCCUGUCAGUCACAACCACUCGCCUACCAGGUACACUGCCACACCAAGCUACAGUUCCCAGCUCAGUUCCACAUGCGGCGAAUGGGCAUCCGAGAACGGCGUCUGCGGUGGUGGACGCUGAACUCGCCUCCAGUGAAGACGAAAGCCUGGAAAGACUGCUUGCUGGUGCACAGCCACCUGGUGAUGCUGACGGCAGCCUCUCGUCGGUGCUUGAUGACAGUGACAGCGAUUCAGUGGCCAAUUUGCUAACAUCUGCCCCACCGCCACGUCACAUGCCGGCUUCUCCUAUGCGCUCCGUGACAUUGACAUCGUCCAGGGGCUCUUCCACAGCAAUGCACAGUGUCACGACCUCGGCAAAGCCCACUGUUAACUCAACUCGCUUUGCUUCACUUGACAGUAAGCCAGCACACACUACCAGUGCCCAGUCCAGCUCCACGUCAGGCAUCACGGCUACGGUAAGAAACGACAGUGUCUUCUCUUCUGGUGCCCCCGCUGCUGCGUCGCCUCCAGUGCACCACCGCAGGUCAGGUACUCAAGCUGACGUGAAUUCGUUGCUCCACACCACUCAGCUGGAGCUGGAGAAGCUGCGUGUUGUCCACCGUGCACACACGACGCAAGCGGAGAUGACAUCCUCGCAGCUGCACGACCAAGUACGUCAACUCGAGCAGGAGCUGGCGGCCGUCAAACAAGAAGCAAGCACGUCAAUGGAUCGACUGCGUGCCAAGAGUCGCAGUCGCGUGAAGUCCGUGGAAGAGAAAUGGCAGCAGAAGAUGAAUGAUGUCAUUGCUAGUUGUGAGUCUGACAAGCUAGCGCUGCAGCAGCACCAAACCAGCGGCAUGCAGCAGUUGCUGGAGGAAACGGAGCAACGGCUCAGAAAGGUGGAGGAAGAGCACAAGGAGCAGGCGAUGGCUAUGACCGCGACCAUAUCGUCACUGGAAGGCAAAGUUGCCCAGCUUUCCGACGAGUCCGAGCAGGCCAAUGUGCGCUACGUUAAGCUGCUACAAGAAAGGACCGCACUCUCGACCCAGCUGCAGUCAAAGCAGGCGCAGUGUGAUGAGUUAACUGGCAGGUGCCGGACUUUGGAGCAGCAGCAGUUCUCCACCAAGGAGUCGCAGCAGGCUGUGCUUGAAGAGCUCCGCCAACAGAUGGAUGAGAACCUACUGAAUACCCGGCAUGAAGCUGGCCAAGCUCAGGAGCAGCUGCAGGAACACAUUCACAGGUUGCAGCAAGACCUGGCGUUGACAAAGGAUUUACUUGGCACUGCCCAGCAUCAACAUUCUUUACAAGUACAGGAAUUGACAAACGAAUCAAAGACCAGCCAAGAACGUCUUCAAUCCAAGCAUGAACUUGAGCUACACAGUCUGAAGUCAGAGCUGGAACAGCGACUAUCGGACACUCGCACACAACUUCAAACGGCUCAGUCCAUCAUCACUGACAAGGAAGAGAAGGUCCGUGACUUACAAGCAGAGUGCACUGCUACUCAAGAGGAUGCUCAGCGCUCACUGGACACAUUCAAGCAGAGCAUGGAGUCGACGACGGCCAAGGCCAAUGAAAAAAUCACUAAACAGAUGGCAACAAUCAAGAAUGACCUAGAGCAAUCGAAAUCAGCUAGGCAGCAACAAGCAAAGGAGUUCCGCCGACAGAAUGAGCUGCAGAAGCAACAGCACGAGGCAGAGAUCAUGAAACUCCAGGCAGGUUUUGAGCGGGAGAAGGCAAGUCUUAUCGAAGACCAUCAGCAGCAGUUCUCCACUCAGCUAGAGGAACGUGAUCGUGAGAGGGAAUCAUCUCUGGCUCGACUCCGAGCAGCCAUUGCUGAGAGUGAAUCCAAGAUGAAGUUGCAGAGUGAGAACGACUUUGCUGUGAUCCGAGAUUUAGAAGAACAACUGCAGCAAGCUAGAUCGGAGAUCACACAGACAAUAGCCCAGUGCAAUUCACAGUUACUGGAGCUGAAGCACCGCAAUGCCGGUGAGCAGGAGAGAUGUAACAGAGAGAUGGAGAAUACUGCAAAUCGCCUUCGUUCUGAAGUGUCACAUCUCCGUGCCAAGCUACAGCAGGAGCAUAGUGCUGAGAUUGACGAACUGCUUGCUAAGACAAAUAAUCGUCUACAACUUCUGGAAGCAGACUACACGGGAAAGGUUGCAUCUAUCUCCAAGAGUAAUCAGAAGCUUCAGAAGGAGCUGCGGCAAGCAAAGUCGGAACUUGACAAUGAGCGUGCAAGGCACGAGAGAGAAGAGGACUCACGGGACAAUCGUCACAGCGAAAUGGUCGCUGCCCUCCAUCAGCAACACGAUACUGCACUUCAGACCUUGCAGCAGGAAGUGGACUUGCAGCGCAAUAGGGUCCAUCACCUGGAAAAGAAGAUUCGACACCGCUCACUCCAGGAGGAGGAGAAGAUUGCAAAGCUAACUCAGCAGUUUGAAGACAAAGUCAGAGGCUUGCUGCCCACUUCUGUGCGUCAGGAUCUUGAAGACACCAUCACUUCUCUGAAGAAGCAGGUUGAAACCCUGGAGCAGCACACAUCACUACUGCAGCGUCAGCUCAACUCUCGACGAGAUCCAUACAGAACACCGCCGCUGGCUACAGCAGCAGCAGCAGCAGUAGCAGCGACUGUGGAGCAAACAAGGCUGCACUCCACAGUACCUCUUCCCUCCGCUCUUGUUUCUCCGGCCUCCAGCACACUACCGGUGUUUGAUCAACGUGAUUCGGUUGCAGACAAGUCGGCCGGUGGCAAGAUUGGCAGCACAACCUUGUCCAGCCGUACCUCAGCAGCACAUUGGCGUGCCACAGACCUUGCCCAUGCCGCUGUACCCCUCACAUCCACACCAAGGUCCCUCAAUUAGUCCGGCCUGUGGCAAUCGAUACGGUUGACUUCAUGCUUCACAUCCCAGAAAGAGAGGGAGGGGGUGUGGGGGCAGGCAUGCUGUGGCACUUGUACAUGUCCCAGGCCAGAACUCAUGACCCUGAUAUACUAUGCUUACGCGCUCUUCAGCCAAGGCUAGCCAAGGUGGACUAGCUUUCAAUAUUUAUAAGAAAUACCCCUUCUGAGAAUCUGAUCAAGUGCCUUGAGUAUAAGUAGGUGUUACGUCAUCUUCCGUUGAUAUCCGUCAUAAGCAUGUGAUGAGAGGAAGCUUGUAAUUUUUAAUAAUUAGGGUGCUUGCGAGCAAUGCUGAAUUUCCUUGAUUA